UAACUAACUUACUUCCAAAACUGCCGGCUUUGCAUGAAAUAGUACUCAUCAAAUCUCUCUCUCUCUCUAUAUAUCUGACACACACACACACACAGAGCAGUGUAGCAAGAGAUGAAAAGUGAUUUUGAGUUUUUUGUUUUGUUUGCUCUGUAAAUGCUUCUUCAGGAAAGAGAAACAGUGAAGGAAAAAAGUUAGUUUUUCUGAAGCAGCAAUGACUGCAAAAAUACAAAAAAAGCCACAACAGACUCUUCUUUUUGCAGCCACAAUUUCUCCCCCUCUCUCUCUCUCUUUCCUUUUCAAGAAUUGGGUUUUAGUCACUUUUUUCAAAUAUUGAAUUCUCUUGAGCUCUUUUACUGAAGAGAAGUAAAAAAAGAGAAUCUUUCUUUAAAUUCAGCAUAUUCAGUAUAUAACUAAUGGUGGUUUUCUACUGAAAGGGGUUGAAGUUACCAAAUUGGUUUGCUGUUUCCUGUGGCUGAUAUUGAUUGGGGGUAGUGGAUGACUUCAGGAAUGGAAAUUGAUGAAGAGAAUAAUAAUAAUGAAAGUAAAGGAGGGAUGUGGGAUUUAGAGCAAAAGCUUGAUCAGCCUAUGGAUGAGGAAGCUGGAAGGCUAAGGAAUAUGUAUAGAGAAAAGAAAUUCUCGACAUUGUUGUUAUUGCGGCUUGCUUAUCAGAGUCUUGGAGUGGUGUAUGGGGACCUUGGGACAUCUCCCUUGUAUGUCUACAACAAUACAUUUCCCCAUGGAAUUGAUGAUCCAGAGGAUGUCAUUGGAGCACUUUCAUUAAUUAUAUACUCUCUUACACUUAUCCCUCUCCUCAAGUAUGUUUUCAUUGUAUGUAGAGCAAACGACAAUGGCCAAGGUGGGACUUUUGCUCUUUAUUCGUUACUCUGUCGACAUGCUAAGAUAAACACAAUUCCAAACCAACAUCGAACUGAUGAGGAGUUGACAACUUACAGCCGUAGCACAUUCCAUGAGCAUUCAUUUGCUGCAAAAACAAAAAGAUGGUUGGAGGCAUAUCCGUUCAGGAAGAAUGCACUUCUUAUUCUUGUAGUUGUUGGCACUUGCAUGGUAAUCGGCGAUGGAAUUCUGACUCCUGCCAUUUCAGUUCUUUCAGCUUCUGGUGGGAUCAAGGUGGACCAUCCGAAGAUGAGUAACGACGUAGUUGUGGUAGUUGCUGUCAUUAUAUUAGUUGGUUUGUUUAGCUUACAACAUUAUGGCACAGACAGAGUGGGUUGGUUGUUUGCUCCAGUUGUGCUGCUUUGGUUUCUCUUAGUAGGAGGUAUUGGCAUCUAUAAUAUCUGGAAAUAUGAUAGCUCUGUUUUGCGGGCUUUUUCUCCGGUUUACAUUUAUCGGUAUUUUAGAAGGGAAAAAAGAGAGGGUUGGACAUCACUGGGAGGGAUCAUGCUCAGCAUUACAGGAACAGAGGCACUUUUUGCUGAUCUUGCUCAUUUUCCACUGUCAGCAAUACAGCUUGCUUUCACUGUCGUUUGUUUCCCUUGCCUUCUUCUAGCUUAUUCUGGACAAGCAGCAUACCUCAUGCAAAAUACAGAUCAUGUUGUUGAUGCAUUCUAUCGAUCUAUUCCAGAAAGCAUAUACUGGCCAGUUUUUGUGAUUGCAACUCUAGCUGCUAUUGUUGCAAGUCAAGCUACCAUAUCUGCAACGUUUUCCAUAAUCAAGCAAGCUCUAGCACUUGGCUGUUUUCCGAGAGUCAAGGUUGUACAUACAUCAAAGAAGUUCUUAGGGCAGAUAUAUAUUCCUGAUAUAAAUUGGAUCCUUAUGGUUCUUUGCAUUGCCGUUACUGCUGGAUUUAAAAAUCAAAGCCAAAUAGGCAAUGCUUACGGAACAGCGGUCGUGAUAGUCAUGCUGGUGACGACACUCCUCAUGACUUUGAUAAUGUUACUAGUUUGGCACUGCCAUUGGGCUGUUGUUCUUAUCUUCACUGUCUUAUCUCUGGUGGUUGAAUGUACCUACUUCUCUGCAGUAUUGUUUAAGCUUGACCAGGGUGGUUGGGUUCCUCUUGUGAUUGCUGCAGCUUUUCUUCUCAUCAUGUAUGUAUGGCAUUAUGGAACGGUGAAACGUUACGAAUUUGAGAUGCACAGCAAGGUAUCAAUGGCAUGGAUUCUUGGACUUGGCCCCAGUUUAGGAUUGGUACGUGUGCCAGGAAUCGGACUUGUGUACACCGAACUAGCUAGUGGAGUGCCACACAUCUUUUCUCACUUCAUUACCAACCUACCUGCUAUACACUCAGUUAUGGUAUUUGUCUGUGUAAAGUAUCUUCCUGUUUACACAGUUCCAGAAGAUGAGAGAUUCCUUGUGAAACGGAUAGGACCAAAGAAUUUUCACAUGUUUCGCUGUGUUGCAAGAUAUGGUUACAAAGACCUCCAUAAGAAGGAUGACGACUUUGAGAAAAAGCUCUUCGAUAACCUCUUUAUGUUUGUCCGACUGGAAUCCAUGAUGGAUGGCUGCUCCGACUCUGAUGAAUACAGCUUAUACGGACAGCAAACACAACAUUCUAGAGAUAACGGGAGCUCUUCUACUGCAAAUAUUGAGCUCAGUUAUUCAUCAAUGGACUCAAUAGCCCCUGUCAAAUCUCAUCCUCACAGAAACAACACAAUCACAUCCUCCGGACAUGAGAGCGGACAGACAGAAGUUGAUGAAAUGGAAUUCUUAAAUAGUUGUAGAGAUACGGGGGUUGUACACAUACUUGGGAAUACUGUAAUAAGAGCAAGAAGGGAAUCCAGGUUUUAUAAGAAACUAGCUAUAGACUAUAUAUAUGCAUUUCUUAGGAAAAUAUGCAGGGAAAAUAGUGUCAUCUUCAAUAUACCUCAUGAGAGCCUCUUGAAUGUUGGACAGAUCUUUUAUGUGUAAAUUUAUUAGACGAUCAAUUCGAAAAAUUAUGGAUUUUGUUCAGAGUCGGGGCUUCUGAUCUCACACAUCAAAGGAUUAUCAAAUAUGUAUAUAACUUUUUUCAUGAUAUCUUCUUAUAGUUAUCAAAUACGUUCAGGUGGGGUAGAUUGUAACUCAA